ACACAGCGGAUACUGAAGGUAAGAAGAAAAAGAACGAAGCAAUGAAUUUCGUGAUUGAGAUUACAGAAAAUAUACUCUAGCAAGCUAUGAAGUAUUCCAUACUAUUACCAACGUAUAAUGAAAUGGACAAUAUACCUAUCAUGAUUUGGCUUCUCGUCAAGCACAUGAAUGAAUUACAAGUCUUGUAUGAAAUCAUUAUUAUUGAUGAUGGUUCUCCAGAUGGCACUCUGCACAUGGCAAAACAACUUCAGAAUUUGUAUGGCAGUGAUAAAAUUGUUUUAAGACCAAGAAAUAAGAAAUUAGGCCUCGGUACAGCAUAUAAGCAUGGUAUUCUACAUGCUACAGGUGAAUUCAUUGUAAUUAUGGAUGCUGACCUGUCUCAUCAUCCUAAAUUCAUCUCUGAAAUGAUUAGGAAACAAAAGGAGUGCAAUUAUGAUAUAGUCACAGGGACACGAUAUAUUCAAAACGGAGGAGUUCAUGGGUGGGAUUUUAAGCGAAAAUUCAUCAGCCGAGGAGCUAAUUUCAUAUCUCAAUUAUUACUGAGACCAAAUGUGACAGAUCUUACUGGAAGUUUUAGGUUGUACAAAAAGAAAGUUUUAGAGAACUUAAUUUCAUCAUGUAUAUCAAAAGGAUAUGUUUUUCAAAUGGAGAUGAUUAUUAAAGCAAAACACUUUGGAUACAGUAUUGGAGAAGUUCCUAUAUCAUUCGUUGAUAGACUUUAUGGAGAGUCUAAGUUAGGAGGUUCCGAAAUACUUCAAUUUAUUCAAGGACUACUUUAUUUAUUUGUAACAGUUUAGUAUUUAGCAUUUUUUGUACUUAAUAAAAGCUUAAUGA